AUGUCUGCCGCCGAAGCUACCGAGCCCAAGGUCGAGGAGACCAAGCCCGCCGAGACCACCGGUGAGGCCGAGAAGCCUGUGACCUCCUCCGCCGUUUUCUCCAUGUUCGGAGGUGGUGCCAAGAAGGAGAAGAAGGAAGACGAGGAGCAUACUAACAUGACCUCACAGGCCGACGAAGAAGCCCCCGAGUCCGAGGAUGUCCACUUCGAGCCCGUCAUCAAGCUGACGGAGAAGGUCGAGGUCCAGACUAACGAGGAGGCUGAGGAGCAGCUCUUCAAGAUGCGCGCCAAGCUGUUCAAGUUCGUCAAGGAGACAACUGAGUGGAAGGAGCGUGGCACCGGUGACGUCCGCCUGUUGAAGCACAAGGAGAACGGCAAGACCCGUCUCGUCAUGCGCCGUGACAAGACCCUCAAGGUCUGCGCCAACCACUACAUCGUUCCCGAGAUGAAGCUGUCCCCCAACGUCGGCUCCGACCGCAGCUGGGUGUGGAACGCCGCCGCCGAUGUCAGUGAGGGUGAGGCCGAGGCUGUUACCCUGGCCAUCCGCUUUGCCAACUCCGAGAACGCCAACCUUUUCAAGGAUUCUUUCCUCAAGGCCCAGAAGGACAACGAGGAACUCUUCAAGGCUGCCGAGAGUGCCUCUGCCCCCGCCGACGAGUAA